GAGAGAGAGUGGAGAAGAUUGGAUCAAAUAUUGUUAGAGUUUCACCCCAUCAGUUCAGCUGGUACUUGGAACUAUCCAAAUAAAGUGUUAACCGAAGCCAUUUCCUCUUUAUCAAGUUCCUCUUCUCAAACUGGCACAAUCUUAAGACCUCAGAACUCAGACCUCUCCUUCCAUUUGCGUGUUCAUGGGAGCAUGACAAUGGAUUGGAUAAUACCCCUUUCAUUCUACUUAUCAGUGCCUCAAGGUGCUUUGGCUUUUAACAUUGACCCAGUUGCUUGGAAGUAUGUCAGCAAACCUGCUGCUGCUGGGUUUGGAUACAAGGUGGUACAGAAUAGCCCAGAAAGGUUGCUUAUAAGUGCCCCCCUGGAGSAGUAUACGCAAAAUAGGAGGGGACAGGUUUACCAAUGUCUGGUCAGAGAUUCAUUUUGCAAACCAUUGUCAAUACAAGUGCCCAGUCAUGGGAUCAAUAUGUCUCUUGGUUUGUCAAUGACAAAGGAUCCAGAGUCACUAAACACCAUGGUAUGCGGACCAACCAUCCCAAGAGAGUGCAAAACCAUCACCACCUACAACGGGAUGUGCUUUGAAAUUGACCCAAGUCUUAAAGUGGGACAACCUGUCCCUUCAUCUCUGGAAGAAUGUCCUGGGCAAACAGACAUAGCCUUUCUAUUGGAUGGUUCAGGAAGUGUUCAUGGAAGUGAUUUUGAAAAAAUGAAAACCUUCGUGAAAGAUCUGAUCAAGGAAUUUCUGGGAAGGGAUACUAAGUUUGCAGUUGCCCAGUAUUCAAGAUAUUGCACUAUACAUUUUGACUUAAAUUCGUUUAAAGUCAUGAAUUGGGAUAAUCAAGUGAGUAGUAUUCGUCAACAAGGUGGAGGGACUUACACGGCAGCAUCCAUCAAAAAAGUUGUCCAAGAUGUCUUUUCAACGAGUYGAGGAUCCAGACCAAAGGCAAAGAAGAUCUUGAUAGUCAUUACAGAUGGAGAAUCAAAUGACAGCGAGAUGCUGGGGAAGGCAGCCUCUGAGGCUGAAGCAAAAAACAUUAUUCGAUUUGCCAUUGGGGUGGGCGGAGCCUUUUCUUCGUCCUCAGCAAGAAAGGAGUUACAAACAAUUGCCUCCUCUCCACCAAGCAACCACAUGUUUCAAGUGGGCAGCUUCCAAGCACUUGGCCAAAUCAAGGAUACAUUACAGAACAGCAUUUUUCCUAUUGAAGGAUCUCAGACUACUGGGGAAUCUAUACAGAUGGAAAUGGCCCAGGAGGGAUUCAGUGCAGCAUACAUACCAGGGGGAGGAUUCCAGAUGGGAUCUGUUGGAGCCUUCCAAUGGAGGGGGGCUUACCAGGAAUACACUAGGAGCACUUUAAACCCUACACCACAACAGAGUCUGAACAUGGAACCAGAUAGCUAUAUGGGGUACUCCAUGGCAGUUGCUAGGACACAGAGUCGCCYGUUUACCAUUUUAGGUGCUCCAAGAUUUAAACACACUGGACGAGUGGUGGUUCUUCCGUCCAAAGACACAGACAAGCCGAUAGAAUUUUCUGGACAGAUUGGCGCUUAUUUUGGGGCAGAGGUCUGUGCGAUGGAUGUGAAUAAAGACUCAUAUAGCGACCUAGUCCUCAUAUCAGCUCCGAUGUUCACAGACAGAGACAGAGAGGGCAGGGUAUAUGUCUGUACCAUCAGUGACAGGUCUGGGGUGGCCUGUCAAUUAGUUGCUGAGAUGACACUGGUGGGGGAUGCAGGACAGAUGGGCAGGUUUGGAACUUCUCUUGCCCCACUGCCUGACCUGAAUAUGGAUGGAUUUAAUGAUUUAGCUGUCGGAGCACCUCUAGAGAACGAUGGUCAAGGAAGUGUCUACAUAUUCCAUGGGACGAGAAGUGGAAUCAGCAAAAUCAAAUCUCAGAGAAUUUCAGCCUCAGAUGUACAGCCUGGAUUAAAGUAUUUUGGACUGURCAUCAGUCAGACUUCCCUGGACAUGAGUUCGGACUCUCUCCCAGACUUGGCCGUGGGAUCAAAUGGGGCUGUUCUCUUACUCAGAGGGAAGGCCUUAGUAACAUUGACGGCACAAGUUUCCUUCAACCCAGCCAAAAUCCCCACCAUCCAGUCGGACUGCAGUAAACCCCUGAGCAACAUUGCUAAAGUCUGUUUCCCCAUGACCAGACAAACAACAGACACAAAAGCAAAGGCAAAGAUUAACUAUACUUUAACUCUGGAUGUGACCCGRCAAGCUCCAAACUAUCGUGCUUAUAUCCGUCCAAAGAUACGGGAGGAAACGAAAACUAUUYCAUUAAGACUUCAAGAGSKAUGCUUCUCUCAWWCKUUCURUAUUGAGGCUUGCCCAGAGGACUCCCUCAAUGAACUGUCCAAUGAACUUGACUUCACAUUUGAAGGGUUGCCAACAUCUCCUGGUGGCCUCAGCCCUAUCCUUUCCCCGCAGUCUCCGACUACAACAUAUCAUCCUUUAGGUUUUGAGAUCAACUGUGGCGCUGAUAACAACUGCAUUGACAACCUGAAAGUGGAUUUUAAUUUCACUAGGUCUUCAGAGGUGAGGGUUGGCAUAGAUGAGGUGAUAAAUGUGACAGUGUCAGUCGAGAGCAGGGAAGAGAACUCUUACAACAGCCACGUUAUUCUCACAUACCCUGCAGGACUUUCAUUCAGGAAGUUCACAAUACUCCAGGGAAGAGUGGAGUGUAACUCAUCAGACAGUGUGGGAAAUGUAAUGUGGGGACAAAGUGACUGCACCAUUGACAAGCCAAUCUUCAAAAGCAAUUCUAAGAGGGAACUAGACAAAGGUCCCCCAGAGAACGUUCCCUUSGGACCAUCACACAAAGUCAUAAUGAUUAGUAAAAUCAUUUAUGUUGUGAUUAAAAGAAAUGAAGAUUCAACGAGUUAUGUUAAUUUCACUGCCGGGAAAAAUGAUUUGCAGAAACAUGUGAAACAAUCCUUUGAGGUUGAAAAUUAUGAAAGAGGCUUCAAUAUUACUGUGAUAAUCAAGGUGCCAYUGAAGCUUGGUGACAAAGACAUCUGGGCUGAUCCAAAGGGUAUACAGAUUCAAGGUUGUCAAAGAKACAAGGAUGAAGAACCUACUGCCACAGAGUUUGUGGACAAGCUGCAGAAAAAUCACGCUGUGGACUGCUCUGUCGCAAAGUGUGGGGUGUUCAUGUGCAAAAGCUUCAUUAGAAAUUUGGAUCGUAACUCUUACAACAUCACUGGUAACCUCAGCUCUGGAUGGAUAGAACAGAUUGGUCUUGAGUCUGCCCAGUUCAACUUGGUCAGCAGUGCCACUGUAGAUUAUGACAGAAACCAAUACAUCUAUUAUUCUUCGGACUCCAAAAAUAACCCACCUAUACAAAAGAUUGAAACUCAGGUGGAGGUGUAUCCUGAGGUUGACUUCACAAAGGCGGUCAUUGGGGGUGUUGUGGGAGGUCUGCUGCUGUUAGCUUUGAUCACAGCUGGGCUUUAUAAGGCUGGGUUUUUCAAAAGCCAGUUGAAGCAGAUGAUGCAGAAUACAUCAGAAGAUGGACCAGGGGCUGAUGGAGAAGCUGCCCCGCCUGAAUAACAGCAAACAAUUGGACUUGCUCACUGAGUGUGUACAAUUAUUGAAGGGGAAGUUCAAGAUUUUACAACUUGAUGUUAGAUGGUUCCUCACCGAAAAAGUAAUCUAUGGGUCAGGAAAAACAGUAAUCCAUGGUUCGGUUUUCUUUAAAUCUACUAAAAUCUUCAGCUAACUUGAGCCACUGCUAACAAAAAAACUAUGCUAGUGAUAGAUGCAAUCGUGCAAUUUAGGCCAAAUCAACUUCAUAGUUGUUUUUUCGUUAGUUAAUAAACCUUUACCGCAUAAUGUUA